AUGGACACGUCCCAGCCACGCCAACGGAAACUAUGGACCGAUGAAGAAGACCGAAUCCUUCGAGCUGCAGUAUACGUUGAGGACCCAGAAUCCACGAAUAAGAAAUGGAACUUAAUAGCGAAACACCUCCCUGGGAGGAAUAAUCGGGACUGUCGUAAGAGGUGGCACAAUCAAAUGUCGUCACUUAUAUCCAAAGGACCCUGGACGCCUGAGGAGAAUGAACGAUUAAUGCAAGCCGUAUCUCAAUUUGGCACCAAGUGGUCUCAAGUGGCUGCAGCAGUGAAGACGAGGAAUGGGAGCCAAUGUGCGAAACGUUGGUAUGACAAGCUUGACCCGAGUAUCAGGCAUGAAAGCUGGACAGCGGAUGAAGAUACUUUGCUCUUCUCUGCCGUCGAAAGGCACGGACGUGUAUGGUCUACGAUCGUUUCUCAGUACUUCCCAGGGCGCACUGGAUUGGAUGCUAAAAACAGAAAGUCGACACGCGAAAGACACUCGUCGAUUGCGACUAAUCCCGAUGGUACCGAAGAAGAUAUGUCGGCAGCACCUAAUAGCACUCCGAGUGGCUCUUACUCGCUUGAGCUUCCCUUUGCAGAACACUACCCACCUCCGCCUUCUUAUGCAGUUCGAGAAACUGGACCACCCCCUAAUGCGCCGGACUCUCAAGCUGCUCCGGAUAACGAUUCUCCCUCUCGAUCAAGUCACACUAUACGCGGGCAUCAUAACCCUCCUCCAAACCCCGAUGAUGCCUUUUCUCAAAGGGGGAGACAGUUUCUUGCUCCUUAUCCCACGACACUGCCUACAAUAAUCACCCCCGAUCAGCCCAUCCAUUUGCCAGGAUUCUUACUUGCAAUCCCGUCCUCAGAAGACGGGGGUGCUGACGGAGACACUUCACAGAACGGAAACACCAAACUGCUCGUCGCAGUAGUUGCUGCUCGUGCGUCUCAGAACGACGAAACAUGA